AUGCAGCAAGUAUUUGGCCUGCUGGUUGUCGUGGUUGCCGAUGCUGCUGCCGACAAUGCUGCUGCCCGCGGCGGUGCUGCUGCCGACCAGAGACACGGUGGUGGCCAUGGCACUCGUCGCUGGCAGUGGUGGCGCGUGCCCGAGUGCCAGGUGCUGGGUGUGUUGCCCAUGGGAAACCGACAUGUGAACGAGCGACUGCGCGCCUUCCGCGAGGCUGAUGCUGCCCUUCUCGGCCUCGGUCACGACGCCAUGUGGAUGCAGUGCGCCGGGUGGUGGGUGCUGUGCGUAGCCCCGGCGUUCUCCGCGACCGAGCCCUGGGUGGACGGUGCACAUGCCCCGCUGCUGGGCGCCGCGGCGGAGCUGGCGGAGGUCCCGCUCGCCGCGAGCUGA